CGUAGUCGUCCGGAUACGGCUGGCUGGCCCACAGGAUCCGUCGCCAUUUGGGCUUCUCCAUUCCUCGUGGUGGAGGAAAAUGAGGAAGGAAGGUCGGGCGAGGUGGAGAACAACAUCAAGCACUAAUCCACAGACGCGCCCUCUCUUUUUCAUAUCCCUCACUUUGACCAGACGAACGAUGGCAAGCCCGAGCGGCUCUCCUGCCCCCCGCGCAUCGUCGUCGUCGUCGUCAUCGCAAGCCUCACCGUCGCUACCAUCCUCAUCGCAGGCCUCGACGGUGGCCAAGGCAGCGGCCAUCUCGGACAAACGCCUCUUCAUCGGCAAUCUGCACCCGAGCGUGGACGAGUACUGCCUGGUGCAGGCCUUUACGCCGCAUGGCCACAUUGUCAAACUCGACAUUGUCUUUCACAAGACCGGUGCGCUCAAGGGGAAGCCGCGAGGGUAUGCAUUUAUCGAGUACGCAAAGACGCAGGAGGCCGUCAAGGCUAUCCGGGCCAAUGACGGGAGGAUGCUCCGGGGCAGAGAGCUGCGCGUGUCCUUUGCCAAUGCGAACGAUCACUUGGACGCGACAGGGACCGGACCCCAUCGAAAAGCUAGGGUGCCCGUCGAUGUGCAGAAGCCGACAGCGCUGAGCCUGGUUAAGAAGUCACAGAGACCCGAUGGGUGAGUCCAGCCACCACUUGCUUCGCUUGCAUCGAUAGCAAAC